GACAUUGAUAUAAGAUUAAUUUUUAAUCCUAUCUGCGCAGCAAUUUUUGUAAUGGAUAUUGAAAUUUUUAGCCAAUCAAGACAUGCAUUGUAUGUAAAGAAUUUUAGAUGGGAACCCAAAGUCAGUCAGGUGACCAUUUUCGGCGGGAAAAUUGUAGUAAAGAAUGUCUAAUAUUUACACACCUGACGUGUAACAUAACAAAGCAGGUAGAUGUUGGGACUGCAGAUAAAAAAUGGAGCAAGUUUUAAAUUUUCUGAAUAAAAUAGAUAGAAGACUUGAGAACAUAGAAUCACAAGUCUACAAACAAAAUGACAGAAUUAAUUGUUUGGAGAAAAGUUUAAAGCAUAUCCAUGUAAAAAAUAAAUCUGAAAGUGAAGACAGUGGAGUAAAAUCAACAAAUCAUAGUUUGAAAGGAAAGGACAAUUUCAUGAAACAAGUUAAAGCUGAGAUGAGAAAUGUUGGAAAAGUUAUCACUAAAGAUGAUGAUGAGUUAGAUUUAGCAUCUAUUCAGUAUGGGGGAGUUAUAGGAGAAGAAAAGUUUGGAUCAAAAUUGAAGAAGAACAAUUCGUUCAAUGGAAAAGCCUCUCCAAAGCCAGCCUACACAAGGAGAAGUCCACAUACUGUUCCUUCAGAUAAAGAUGAAGAAAGGAGGUUGAAUAAUUUUUUUCGGGAAUGCUUAUCGAAAGCCAUACAAUGGAAUCUAGUUGACUUAAUAAAUGCUGCUAUGGAAAAAAUGGAUGAUUGUUGGCAUCCAAAAUGGCUGAGUAGAGAAGAAGUGACCCUUAUUAUGAAAGGAACGGAAAAGAAAGAUCAGUUUCGAAGAUUUUUGUGUGUUCUGAGGAAGAAGGAUUUUGCGAUAAUGCAAGAAUGGUUACAUAACUGUGGAUUUGAUGACACAGUUUUAAAGCAAGUUUGGUCACUAUUUGAUGAGUUCAGUGACAAGGAUACUAAUGGGUCAAAGUUGAAAUGUUUUCGGUGCCGACUUAUUCAAGGAGUGAGUGUUACAGACAUAUCUGAUUAUUUAUAUAGUGCCGAUAUUUUGACAUCCGAGGAAGACUUUUUAAAAAUAACCAAUUCAGAAAGACCAAUAGGAGCGCAAGAUGAAUUGUGGAAGUGUGUUCUGAGAGAAUGUGAGAAGUAUAUAUGUCCAAAGGUAGUCGCUCUAGCUCUGAAGGUUGCAUUGGUGGAUCAGCUUGAAAAAGCUGAAGAUAACAAGAAAGCGACAUAUGAAUCCUUGCUCAGUGACAUAAAUAUCUGCAGCCCUCAAGAACUGUUGUCAUGUAGCUGUGAUAUGAGAUGCACACAGUCACUUCACCCACCUUCCUGUCUGAAAUCCCUGUCUCUCGCAGGACUCUACUUCUCUCCACCCACUCGGAGAAAACAGGAGAAGUCCUCAUCUUCUAGCGAAGCUCCACGAUCAAGUUCCUCCUCAAACUCCUCCUUAGAUAGUACAACUGAGGUGAAAAAAGCGGAAAGGGAAGUCAUGCUUAGUCCUGAUGAUGAAACUGACCUGAAAAAACCAUACACUGCUGCAAGUGAUGAUAAGAAACCGGAUGGAAGUAUCGAUGUUUCGAACUAUACAUUUAGGACCGGCCGGUCUCGUUCAAGGUCAUUACGCAGAAAAAGAUCACAACCUAAGGUUGAGAAGGUUCAAUCAGAUUCCAGUACUGAAAACAUUGAUGGAGAAAGUAAUAAAGUGAAAGCAUUUAAAUAUAGUUACAAGUCCAACACAAACAGACUAAAUGAAAACAAACCAUGCAUGAUUCCAGUGCUUGCAAAGAAUGUUUAUAUUGACACUGGGACGAGAUAUAUCCAGGUACAAAGGAAUGGGAGAUCUAGUGAAAGUUCUGUUGAAGUUUAAGGUUUAAAUCAUAAUCUGUAUGCAAGGAUACAUGUUGAUGUUAAGGGAAAAACUUUCAAAACAUAUAGUCCGGUGCUCUAAAUUCGUCCCUGUCCUAGAGUCAACGCCCAUUCUGUGUAUGUCAGAAAGUCUCAUUAAAUGUGUUUUAAAAAAAGAAAACAGUUGGAUUGUGUUGGAUAGUUUUAAACAUAACAGCAAAUUUAAUGUAUCUGCCAAAAUUCAUCAACACAGAACGCUUGAAUCGUUAAAAGAUAAUAGUGUAUCAAACUAGCACUGUAAAACAUUUAGGGUAACAAUUCAUGGCUACCCUUGUGGAUUAUAACUACAAAUGUAGUAAAGUUCUGUAACAUGUAGUUUUGCUUGUACCAAUCUUCAUUUUGAAUACAAAAAAACACAAGACAGAACUGUGGUACUGUGAGCAUAGUGCAAAACAUGUGUUUAUUAACAUUUUAUUCUACGUCAAUUUAAAAGUGUUUUAAGCUCUCAAGUAUAAUUACUAGUCAGUUAUUGUAUGAGUUCUUUGAACUGAAUGCAUUAUCAUUACUUGUUGUUCUAUCAGACUCUGAGAAUACUCAUGUACAUUACUCCUGUGACAGUGCUUAUUUUCUCUAAUACAUAUGUCACAAUUUAAAUUAAUGGUAGAAAUUAUCAUUUUAUUAGCUCAAUUUUUAGAAGAAGAAAAAAACAACAGUGGAGAUACAUAUACAUGUAUAGUGUGUCAUGACCCUCUCAUAGGCAUUGGCAUUGGUCUAAAUCUUUUUGAUCAGAAACUAUAAAUGCUAUUCAAACUUGGUAUACAUGUUUAUUGUCAUGAAAGGGUGUUAUAUUUAAAAAGGGCAGAUAAUCUUAAAAUUGAUUUUUGCACAGUUUUGCCUUUUCAACUAAGUCUUACCUUUUUGUUGAGGUCUGUUAGUAACUUUCAAAGUUACGUGUAAAUUCACUUCGAACUUGAUAUACAUGUACACUUUCAAAACAUUACACCAUAAAGGUAAAAAUGACAAUGUGUGUAUUGUUGAAUGUGCACUUUUGUAGUCUAGAUGACAAUUGGAGUCUUGAUGGAUAAUUAAUAAUAGGUAAAUCACUCAGUUGUGAAGAAUAUAUUUGUUUAAGGCAUGGAAAUUAAUAUCAUGUCAUUUAAUUGAAAUUUAACUCAAAUAUACUGCUCUAUCAGAGAAAUUUAACUUUAACCUUGUGUGAAUGCUUGUGAAUAGAGUCUGGAGCAUGUAUAUAUAUCAGUGCAGUCUGCAACCAAAACUGCUUAAUUUGAGCAAAGUGAUAUCAAAAUCAUCCAAUUUAUCAGUUUUAAGAAUUAAGGCUGUUUUAGAAAGAAAUAGUCAGAGGGUAAAUGUAUGCUUAUUGUAAAAAUGUCAUUUAUAUAUGUUAUUUAUUUUUGGUGGCAGCUUUAAGUUAUUGCUUUUUCUCAUUCUAUUUUUUGUUUUAUGAAUUGAAAAAACAUUUUCUAAUUUA